GGCGCGGGCCGCGCCGCAGCCAGAGGAGCGGGUCCGGGUCGCGCCGCCGCCUCCUUCCGCCGGCCGCGCCGCCGGCCAUGCAUUCUUCCGGCUCCUCCGGCUCCCGCAGCCCGGGCGGGGGCUCGGCCAGCCCGAGGCAGCCGCGAGGGCAGUAAGGCGCCCGCUCGCGCCGCGCCUGGGCCGCCGCCGGGUCCAUGACCGCGACCCCUCGUCCGGGGACACACGCCGCCGCCGCCGCCGCCGCCGCGCACUCGCGCGCCCAGGGCCGCCGGUCCCCGGCCCCGCUCGCCCCCGCGCUCCUGCGCCAGCCGGCCGCGCACGCCGAGAAAGACAGGACGGACUCCCAUGUGAGAAUGGCUGUGACUUUGGAACGAGCUCCCUGGCUGGGCUGGACCUUGGUGAAAGCCCUGAUGAGGUUUGCCUUCAUGGUUGCCAACAACCUGGUUGCAAUUUCAUCCUACGUCUUCUAUGUGAUUGUGCUUCAGCCCCUCCGCGUGCUGGACAGUAAGAGCUUCUGGUACAUUGAAGGAAUCAUGUACAAAUGGCUCCUAGGCAUGGUGGCUUCAUGGGGAUGGUAUGCUGGAUAUACAGUGAUGGAGUGGGGGGACGAUAUUAAAGCAGUUAUGGAAGAUGAAGCAGUAAUGCUGGUGAAUCAUCAGGCAACAGGAGAUGUGUGUACUCUGAUGAUGUGCCUCCAGGACAAAGGGCUGGUUGUUGCUCAAAUGAUGUGGUUGAUGGAUCAUAUUUUUAAGUACACAAACUUUGGAAUUGUUUCUCUAAUUCAUGGAGACUUCUUUAUAAGACAGGGAAAAUCUCAUCGUGACCAACAGCUUCUUCUUCUCAGGAAGCACCUAGAAAAUAAUUAUAGGAACAGAGAUCGAAAAUGGAUUGUUUUAUUUCCAGAAGGGGGCUUCCUCAGGAAGAGGCGGGAAACAAGUCAGGCAUUUGCCAAGAAAAAAAACUUGCCAUUUCUUACACAUGUCACUCUGCCAAGGAUUGGAGCAACACAAAUUAUUUUGAAUGUACUUGUGGCACGACAGCAAAAUGGAAGUCCAGCAGGAGGAGAUGUUAAAGAAUUAGACAGCAGAUCAAAAGGUCUCCAGUGGAUAAUAGAUACAACUAUAGCUUAUCCCAAAGCUGAACCCAUAGAUAUUCAAACCUGGAUCCUUGGAUAUAGGAAACCGACAGUCACACAUGUACAUUACAGGAUCUUUCCAAUUAAGGAUGUACCCCUGGAGACUGAUGAACUUUCGGAUUGGCUUUAUCAGCGUUUUAUUGAAAAAGAGGAACUCUUAUCGCAUUUUUAUGAAACAGGGGCUUUUCCACCUGCCCAGGGCCACAGGGAAGCUGUUUCCAGGGAGAUGACCCUCAGCAAUAUGUGGAUCUUUCUCAUCCAGUCUUUUGCAUUUUUGUCAGGCUACAUGUGGUACAACAUCUUCCAGUAUUUUUACCAUUGCCUGUUUUAGGAACUGACUUGGACUUGUCAAGGUCACCAUAGGAAUUCCAACUUUCAUGAGUGCGUUAUUUCACAUGUGCAAAUCAGAAUAUAAAACAAGCAAAGGAAAUUCCAUGGAUGGAUUAAUAUUUAUCCCGCUUUGGGAUAUUUUAAAACUCUGCUAAAAUGAGGAUCAGUAAUCUAAUGACCUGCUAAUAUGUUUUAAGGACUUUUCAUGUUUUAAAAAGAUACACUCUACCACACAUUUAAACUAACAUCACAUUUGGAGAAGAGGAAAUCAUAAGAUCAUCCUAGAAGACAGAGAAAUUCUGUUGCCAGCAGAUACUUGAUCACCUAGUUCAAGCUCAGAGCUGAGCUCAUCCUCCUAGCUAGUAGUGUCCCUUAGGGCAGUGCUGUGAGCGCCCUCACUGCCCACUCCUGCUGUGUCACUAGGAACCUCCAGGGGGGCUGGUUGGCACCUUCUGAAGAACUGUUGCCCUGUCCUUUGCAGCGAUGCUCCAGUCCUCACCAGCUUAGUGAGUCCAGAGUCAGGCAUGCUGUGGGGGGAAUCAGUGUCCACUGGACACGUCCGGUCCUGGAAUGGGCUCUUUCAAAAGGCAGGCUCGGCCCGACACCGUGUUUACAUGCACUAGUGCUUUCCGCUUGCGUGUGCGUGUGUGUGUGUGUGUGUGUGUGUGUGUGUGUGUGUGUUGGGGGGAGGGCACUUGAUUUCUCCUUUUAUAUAGAAAGCAUAUCGUAGAUUGAUCAUUUUCUUUUACAAAAUGCACUUUCAUCAGCUGCAUCUGUAGCAGAGGAUUAGUAGUAUAGCCUGGAAACCAGUCUACACAUAGUCAGUGAGUGGGACUCGCGCGGCUGUCUUGUCUGCGUGUUUUACCUGCGCUCCUGCCCUCCAGCACCUCCCUGAGCUGGGCACCACACCUGGGGGGGCUCCAGCUGUUUUCUUGUUUGUUUGUUUGUUUUAAUUUUGGUGUAUUAGCACCAACUGCAUUUGGGGAUGGUUGAAACAAAUUAAUGCAAAACACUUAAAUGAUCAAUAUACGGUGAAAUAGGCUAAUUUGUUAGAAAAAUAAAAGCUAAAGCCAGACACUGGCUUAAAAUGGGGACAGGCUGUCACAUGGCACCCCCAGCACCUGUCUCAUCAAAGAGCUGCCCAUGUCAGGGUGGUGUGACCAGGAGAGAGACCAGCACAUGAGGCUUCCCAGUCUCUUCCUGUUGAAGAGGAUAAAGUCAUGCCUAUUUCUAGAAGACUUUUUUUUUUCUUUUGUCACUAUGUUCAUACAGUUUACCUCACAGUAAAACCAAACUUCUCACAAAGUGCUGGCCCUGCAUCGGUCACCGUGGUCACCGCCUGCACCCCAGCAUCAAGGCGGGAACGCCCGCUGGCCUGGGGCUGUGAGACUGAGAUUCUGGUGAAUCAGUGGUGGUUUUCUGUGACAUGACAUCGUAGAUUCCCCUGUUGUCGCUAAUCAUACAAUUUGACAGUUCUGAGAAAGGCCGGAAGGUAAAGGUAAAGCAUGAUGUUUUUUGUUUUUAAAUAAACCAAAAACAACAACAACAACAAAAAACCAGAAAACCAAAACACUGAGAAGAUAAGAAUUUUCUCCCAGUUGUGUGGGAAAGGUAAAGCAGCACCAAAUACAAGCCCACAGCGGCUUCAUCUUAGGUUAAUGUGUGCAUGUGUGAAGAGAAUGAUGCCUGAGCUGAAAUACCUCAUUGAUGAUACUACUGCUGGUGAGACGCAGAAGGCAGUGUUCCCGUGUGUGGUUUAGGAAUGGUUGUCCUAAGGUGCCACUUUUACAAAAUUUUAGCAUUUCAUUGUGUGCUUUACAGUGACAGUGAGUAGGUGAAACUAAUCUCAAUUUAGAGGUACGGAUACAGAUAGGAAGCCACAUGGAAGCUUAGGGGCACUUCUGUUUGAGGCCCAGCAAAUGCUAUCAGAUUACAAGGUGAAUUGGGAUGAUUCAUUUGAGAGAUUGGUCAGCCAUCUGGGGGACAAGUUCAUUGGCAAGGAUGGCAGACAGUCCUACCUAUUUGACCUUUUCGUCGUUGCUAAAGCAAGCCACAGGCAGAGCGGCCAGUCUCCCAUCAGGGAAGAAGAGAUGCAGGCGUGUGCACACACAGAUGUGGUGUCUUUUGCCAUCACAGCUCCAAAGGAGGAGGAUGUUGUUUAGUUUAAUAUACUGUACACAUUAAACAGACUGUUCUGUAAGAUGCUUUGCUUUCCAAGCACAGUCAUUUCAACAGCCUCUAGAUGUGUGGGUUAAUUUUGAACAUAGAUCUGUGAGUUGUAAAUAGGUGUGUGUUUGAUCUGCCCCAUCCCCCCCCCCCCAACCCUGUUUCUUUCUCAACACGUUCCCUCGCUUCUGUUAGCAAACAUGCUGUUUGAGAGCAUUGCUGGUGCUUUCCUUAUCAGUAACUGAGGUUCUCUUGUUUGCACAGGGGAAUGUAAAGAGCGAAUCAGUGUUCUUAUAUGGCAAUCAGGGAAGCAGCAAUAUGCCACUAUACAGAACUGAGUGAAAAUCCCUAAUCUGUACCUCCUUUGUAAAGUGAGUGAAAGGAGGUUUAGCGAAUAUCCACUUUGUCCGGGGAAAAGCAGUAACACUGUGCCAGUUUUAUACCGGUAGCUUAUAGAACCUCAGCACUGCUUGGUCUCGGCUGUCCUGCCUGAUUCCCACAGCAGACAGGGUUGCAGACUCUCUGCUGGAUCCCAGAGUCACGGUGAUGGAGCACCUGCUUGGCCUCAGGGAGCUGUAGCGACCACAGAAGUGACCACCCCAGAAGUUCACACUUAACGUCAGAAACUACUGUUGGUGUUUAAAUAUGCAGUUAUUGUAGAGAAGCCUGUAGGCCAGUGGAAGGUAAGGAAAAAUUACAGAAUGGAAAUGAUGUCUUGGAUAGUCAUACAAGUUAAUUGAGAAUCUAAAUAGAUUUAAAAAAAUAGCUGUGAGUGUAAUAUUUUAAUAUUACACACAGUCCUUAAUUUUCCAUAGUAAAGGAACUGGAGAUUAUGCAUAAUUAUUCCAGUAAUAAGUCAUGGUAAGCCAAAAAUUUGAUUGCAUUUAGGAGUUUGAAUUUUCAUUCUCAUAAAACUUUUUUUCCCUUGCUGGAUGCUUACUAAUUUUAAAAAAUGAUGUGAGUUGUUUAUUAGCGUCUCCUGCCUAUGCAUUUGACUGUGUUGAUGAGUAGUGGAAAGAUUUGGAAAGACAGCUUCAGGAAGAGAAAACAUAGAAGCCUGAAUAACCCAUGGUCUAGAAAAGGAAUUUCUAAUGAUCAAGCGUUGGCGGUAUUGCGGUUGUUCUCAAGCAUUUUUAUGAAAAUGAAAUGUUAAAUCACCAAAUGUAAACCUCAGAACAUCAUUCUAGCUUUCAUAUCGUUUGGAUCAAUGUUAAGAAUGCCUCUUCAGUCUUUGCUCAUGUUCCUCACUUCGUGUGGAUUUGUCUUAGUAACAUUUUUUGACAAUCACUUCUCUGAAGACUCUUCUGACCUAGUGGGACCUGGUUAUAAUGAUAGGAUGUAGUCUUUAAUCAUGGAUAGUCCAAUUGGAUUCUUUCUGUAUUAAGAAAAUUUUUGUUUGCACUGCUGCAUAGGAAGAGUUAGUUAUUUUCUUCACUGCACAGAACUUCACUCCAGCGUUACCAAGACGAGCGUGCCAACACUGGUCCACAGAGGAUGGAUACAAAUGGUUGGUCUUACUUUUUGCCAGGUAGUGCUGUGAACCUUGCUUCUGAUAACAUGAAAGGCAAAGUCAAAAGCCGCACUGGGCAGCAGGUAUACUGGUUCGUUGUCUGAAGGGGUAGAGACUAAUAUAUUGGGACCAAAACCACCUACAUCGGACAUUUCUAGAUCACGAGGGGGCCGGGUGUUCUCUGAUUGGUGCUUUAUUGCAACCAUUUUGCAUUGAUCCCCAACAAGGAGGAGCUGGACCUGGGAAUGAGCUGAGAGUGCUGAGCUGUUGGGGGAGGGUGACUGUGGCCACAUGGAAGAUAAAAUACAUGUUUUUCUGCAAAAUUUCCAUUUGAGGGUUUUUACAUUUAAUAUUUUUUUAAAACAGUUUAAAGAGCAAAAAAAAAUAGUGUAUUCUAGUUGCAAAAUAUGCACACAUUUUGAAUGGCUUUAUUUUUGUUGUGUAAAACUGUUGAACGUGGCUGUGGUGCACAAAUUCUUUACACGAAGGAGUCUAGAUGCAUUUUACAGUAACUUAUGAUUGGUAAUGAAACAGACAUCGAACUGCCAUUGUUGUGUUAAGUGCUUUCAUUUUCUUUCAGUUAUCACAAAGUUGUAUUUAUUUUAUACAGAUGGAUUUUCGUUUUCUUGAUGCCAUAAUGUUUACUUCAGCUUGGUGACCUGUCUUUCUUUGUGUAUCUGCAUGUUGUAAUGUAUGAUAAGAAUGAAUGUAAAGGCUAUGGCAACUGUAAUUUUUGUAAAGGGCUGGUCACACGUGGAUCUGGUUUAUGAAUACAUUGGGAUUACUUUAGUAACCAGAUUACCUUUUCAGAAAUUGAGAUGUGAAUACCAAAAGAAGCAUUUUCUCAACAAAAAUUAAUAGCUGGUUCUAUUUUUUUUAACCUAGAAAAAAUAAAGUUGAUUUUUUUCAAGUGAAGUGCUUUUAAUUCUUAGUAGUGGGCAUGGGGUGUUUGUGUUUUCCUGCAGCUAUUUUGGCAUUAACAUCUAUAGACGUGUACUCAGAACACACCACGGCCGUUGGAUGCUGAGGGCAAACUGAAAAACACUGUUCUCCUCUCAUUUUAAACUAUGUCCCUCUCCCCUUCCCGAUUCUUUCCAUCCAGUGGUACACUGGUCAAUGGUUAGCAUUCACUCUCCUGGGGAAAAAAAAUUAUGUAUACAAGUGUACAUAAGUUAUAAAUUUUGCUGAUAGCAAGGAUUUUAUAACAUGACUAACAGAUCAUAAUAAAAUAUACUUUACUGUAAAUUCCAUAUAGCCAAUUGAUUCUCCCAGGAUGCUCUAAUUGAUUUUUCCUGAACUCUUUGGCCAGCCUAUGACUGUGAUCCAACCAUGAUUUGAAAAAUGGAAUUACAUCCUAAUCCAUUUAAUUCUCAAAUUUGUCAUUCAAUCUGAUAUGUGAUCUGUUAGACUAUUUCUUAGCCUUGUACAAGUUAUACUCAUUAAAGUGAACCACUUUUAGCUUUAGCACCAAUGGGAAGCUUAUAUAAUUUUAUUUUAAUAACAGCCAUUUAACAACUACUGGCAAAAUUCUAAAACAGUUGGCUUUCUUGAGCAAGUGGGAGGUGUCUCCAGCACACCACUGCCCAAAAAAACAUUCUGGUUUAUGUUUUUUUGUUCAAAGAACUGUUAGUGUUGAAUGAAGGUCUCACAGUUAAUCUACUCACUGCUCUCAGGAAAUUCCUCUCUCUGACCCUGACAGAGGCUUUUAAGGGUAGGAAAGCAUUAACAUCAGUCCUACAGGGGCUUUGGAUGUUUGAAGAAUUUGCCAAAAGCCAACUUUUCCUGAAGUGCAUGGAAAGCUUGCAUAUUUCUAAAGUUGUAUGCUUUGAUUUCUCAAAGUGAACUGUGAUAAUAGACAUCUCUGAGAUUUUGUUUUAAGCAUUUAAAACAUUUUUUGGUCUGAUAUUUGUAGAGUAUGUUUGAGCCCACUGAAAAUUUUAAGUGUAUUAAAAUAUUUUACAUAAUAAUGGGUUAAAUAGUUACAGUUCAGUCUACCUCUUGUUUCCUGUCUGGGUUUAGGCUGCUGAUUUGGUGAGACUGUAAUCCCCCCCCACCCCCGCCUGUCACACCCCCCAAACGUGGGUUCUGGUGGAAGAGGAAGAAUAAACGGGGCAGAGGCCUGAAAACUAAUUUGAAGCACUCGGAGAUCUAUUGCUGACCAGCCCUAUUCCUCCUGAGUUGGGGAAAAACAAAACAAAAAGCCAUUGUUUUUAAUUUCCACUUAAUAUGAAAAUGUUUGUUUUAAAAAUGUUUCUUCCUGCUGGGAAAAAAAAUGUAUUUUUAAAAGGAAAAAAAAUUCCUCUUUUGGCUAUAAGAAGAAGUCAGCUGUGGCCAUAUCAUAACAUGCUGAUAUGAUCUACAUCAAUAAAUUUUUUAUCUCUCAGGA